CCACAUUUUUAAGUAUUAUCAAGCAAUACAAAAUGUCGGCCCAGGAUCAAAUGCGGGCAAUGCUAGACGAGCUUAUGGGCACGUCAAGGAAUGGUGAGUUUGGACUGAUGCUGGGGAGGGCAAGUGAAAUGAGGACUUUUUUUUAGCCACUUCGUCCCAAUGACGAUUUCGGAAUAUUGUCUCUAGUAGAACGUAAUAAAGUGUUAUUAAGGACAUCCCAUUGUUACGGUAGGCCUAAUGCAAAAAAUACUAAUGUGAUUGUCCGAAUUUCUCGUUCUCCUGUAGUGAAUACAUAUUCAACGUUAUGAAGGACUAUUUCAUGUGUCUUCCCAUUAACGCUCGAGACGCUUUAUUGAUCGAUUUUGUUGACGAAAUGGGAUAGAUUUAUAUCCGUUUUCUUUGGAACAAGAACUCUGGGCGCGUAUUGAUUUGUUUCUUUUUUGAUGAUCUGGAAUGUAGUGUUUAAUCUGUUAUUUAUUUUCCUUUCUAAUAUUUACCAAUUCUCUAUUCAUUACCCAUGAAAUAAUUUAAAGCAAAUAUACAUCAAAUCAUAAGGCGUAUUAUUAAGAGUCAUCACGUGUAGAGUCCUCUGUUUACUCUCUCUUAAGAAUAUAGGUACGUGUGCCGUAAAUCUAUAUUCUUACCAGUAUAUCUAAACAUGUCUUUUUGCAACAAUAUAUAUCGGGGGGAAAAGAUGCCUUUCCUCUCUUCAAUCUUUAAGCUCAAUGUAUGUUACACUCGAAUGUGCUCCGAAUGUUAUAUAUUUUUAAAAUUUGAUUAUCUUCAUUUUCUCACAUUUGGAAGGGUUUUUUUUUCAAAAUUAGAAUAUUUCCUCUGAGAUAUUUUGUAACCAAACCAUCUCUUUGCAUAAUCCAUGUCAGUUUUUCUGAAUGUUGCCUUUACAUUUAGGUUCAAAGAAGAGAAGGUGGUAUUGCCUUGUAUUUGUCACAAAAAGUUCUUUUCAAGAGAGUAUUAAACAUUUAACAAUUUUGUUGAAAUGCUGAUAGCAAACUAAAGGUUUAUCAUAUAUCCAUACAUCUAAUUACAACAAACACUAAAUUUACAAUACCGUGUAUGUAAAAGAAAUAAACAGACUACCAGAUGUGUUUCUGAAAAUUGAAGUCUUUGAAAUUUGGUGUAUAAUCAUUGACAGACUUCACUGAUAUUUCCAUUUAGGUGUGAUUAUGCAUUGGUUAUAUUAAGAUUCCCUUGUGAUGUGAAAACCAUGAAAAAGUGUAUUUAUUAUCUCCUUCCCUGUUUUUGAAGGGAGCUAUUUCAUGAGCUGUUUCCCAGUCAAAAAUGAAAGGGUGAUGAAAGGCCAAGCCGGGACACAGCAAAGUACAAAGUGAAGUUUGAUGAUCCUCGGGUAUGUAAGAGUUUCCUGCUAGCCUGCUGUCCUCAUGAUAUUCUCUCCAGCACGGUAAGUUGCUCUCUUGUUACCUUUAUCCCACUCAGUUCAUUGCCAUUUGGUACGUAUGAUAAACCGGUUAAUUUUCAACCGAUUUUGGGGAAAUGUUAACUUUUAAUUUGAUUUGGUAGAAAAUGCAUAUGAUAAGAGUAAAACACAUAAAAAAUACUUAACUUCCUUUUGUGUAAAUCUUAUGAAAUUUAUUUUGAAAUGUAUUAAAUAUUUUUAUUCAACACAAUUUUGAUUAAACUCAUAACUUGAAGUUCUUGUUAGCCUCUUCUCUGGAUCUUCAGACAUUGUUUUAUGGGUUUUGUCAUUCAACUCCACUCCUAUGAAGUGGGUAUUUUUCAGUACAAAAAAGUCUGAAAAUAAUAAUGAUUGAAAGAUCCCCUGCCCAUCUGUCAUUGACUUGUUCUUGUCUCCUUUGUCAGAUCAAAUGUGAUAGUUACGAUACCGAUGUAUCUUACUUUGUUGAUCUUAUAGUGCAUUGAACAUUGAUAAUGUAAGUGAUGAUCUUCUUAUCUGAUUUUACAGAGGAUGGAUCUUGGAGAGUGUCCAAAGAUUCAUGACCUGGCACUGAGAGCAGACUAUGAAUGGGCCACCAAAAAGAAGGACUACUACUAUGACAUUGAUGCCAUGGAACAUCUCCAGAGUUUCAUCGCAGACUGUGACAGGAAAACAGAGAUGGCCAAGCGGCGACUAAAGGAGACACAAGAAGAGCUCAGCGAGGAGGCAAACCAGAAGGCAGAGAAGAUCCAUCAACUCGGGGAACAGCUUGGGGAAAACAUGGCAAAGGCAGAGACCAUGGGUGCAGAAGGAGAGGUGGAGGAAUCCCUUAAACUCAUGGAAGAAGUAGAGGAACUUAAAAAAAACAAAAGUCUUGCUGAGCAAGACUACAGAAAUUCAAUGCCAGCUUCAAGUUACCAGCAACAAAAGUUACGUGUGUGUGAAGUCUGUUCAGCUUACCUUGGUAUCCAUGACAACGACAGGCGUCUAGCUGACCAUUUUGGUGGGAAACUUCAUUUGGGCUUCAUUACAAUCAGAGAAAAAUUAGAAGAGUUGAAGACACGUGUGGCUGAGAGGAGGAAUUUAAGAGAAAAGGAAAGAGAGGAACAGAAGGUCAAGAGAGAAAAAGAAGAUGAACCUAGGAAAAGUAAAAGUGCCAGUCCUGUGAGAAGGCGUAGUCGCAGCACCAGCAAGCGCAGCCGAAGCAGGAGUAGAAGUCGAAGAAAGAGUCGGUCCCGUAGCCAGAGUCGUGACAGGAACAGAAAACGCCGGUCACACAGUAGUUCUCGCAACAGAAGGAGGUCAAGGUCAGGUGAUCGUAGAUCACACAAGAGGUCAAGACGUUCAAGAUCGAGGUCCAGAUGUAGGCGUUCACGAUCACGACAUUCCAGAUCAAGGCGAUCAAGAUCACGUCGUUCAAGGUCACGUCGGUCAAGAUCACGUUCCAGGUCAAGGUCACGGAGGCAUAGAAGGAGAUCAAGGUCAAGGUCCAGACGUUCUAGAAGCAGAUCAAGGUCAAGGAGGCAUCAUCGCAGAUCACGAUCAGGGUCCCGCAGAAGUAGAAGUUUACAGCGCAGAAGAGAUUCAAGAUCUAGAUCCCGAGACAGUAACCACUCAUAGCUUCCUAUUAGAUUCAGAGGAUGAAAGUGCUUGCAAGAAAAAAGGAGAAACCAGACAAACUGGACAGUUGGAAAAAAACCAUUAAUGCAGCCAACUGUGCAUUUGUUUCAGUUGUACAAUUAUCCAGUGGAUAUAGGGGGAUUUCAUUUGUACAUAAUAUGGACACGAAAUUUUUCCAUCUAUACAUAUUAAAUGAGAACAUCAAGUGAGACUUUUAACAUUCUAAUUAUGUAUCCCCAUCUAUGACAGAUGAUUGUAAGAAAUGACUGAAAUGAUUUUCAUCAGAAUUGCAUUCAUAUUUUGUUUUCCCCAGAGUUGCAAGGUGUUUAUUUACGAAUGAAACUUGAUGGAUAGUAAUAAUUCAUAAGUACAGAUUUCAGUUGCAUAUGAUAAAAGUGUUUUUAUACAUUGUAGUUUUAAUUUGUACAUGGUAACUCUGUUCAUGAGGAACAGGUUUUAAUCAUUGUAUAAAGUCAUCGAAAAUUAUUGCAUAUCUUUUAUCGGGUGAUUUUGAAUUGUAACUGAACAGUAGAUUUCCAAGAGUCCCAACGAAAGCAUACCAUUAUUCUAUAUAUUGCCUUUAAAUAUCAGCCACAAAAGUCUCACAAGUUUAUGCAAUGACACACUGCAUGUCUUGUCAUUAUGGUUUCCUUUAGAAUAAUAAUGGAGCUUAUAAACAUCCCUCACAUUGCUCUUAAUUGAAAUAGGAUGGUAAUAUAUCAUAUUUCUAUCAAAAAUAUUUGUAAGGAAAGCUACAUGCCCCUGUGGCCUAUUGUUUAUAUAAGAUGUGAAAAAAUAAAGCAUGUAAUAUAGAGUUUAUUGAGGUGGUUGAUGGGCAGUUCACUUUUUAAUUCUUUAAAAAAGGUUUGGCCUAAUUGCACUGAGAUGUAAAAUGAAAAUUGCCUAAAGGAAAGCUUAUGUAAUUAAACAUAUUCUUAAGGUUUAACUUGGAAUUUGAAAGUAAACAUGAUUGUAGAUAUUGGAUCACUUUUCAUUUGAAACACACAUACUUUUCUAAUGUUGAACAUGUUUGUUAUUAUAUGAUGAAGGCUCAUAUUUUAAUUUCAAUAAAAGCUAUUGCCCUUAA